GGGCUCGUCGGGGGGACAGAGGCCGAGUGACGUCCUAGGAGCCACCGGGCAUAGAGGCGGAGGACGCCCGGAGAGCCAGACAGCGGCCCCCGCGUGCGGCUCGGGCUGGGGCGCCAGAAGUGGGACUGGAGCGGAGUAGAGCGAUGCCAAGGAGAAAACAGCAGGCACCCAAGCGGGCGGCAGGCUAUGUCCAGGAGGAGCAGCUGAAGGAAGAGGAGGACAUCAAAGAGGAAGAAGAGGAGGAGGAGGACAGUGGUUCCGUGGCUCAGCUUCAGGAGAGCAAUGACACAGGGACCGAUGAGGAGCUAGAAACAGGCCCAGAGCAGAAAGGCUACUUCAGCUGCCAGAACUCUCCAGAAAGUCACUUGUCCAACCAGGACGCGGAGAACGAGUCUUUGCUGAGUGAUGCCAGCGACCAAGUGUCAGAUAUCAAGAGCAUCCGUGGCCGAGAUGCCACUCACAAGAAAGCAAGCGCACACCCCAAGCCUCCGAGCGAAGGCCACAACUGUAUGGACAAAAUGACCGCCGUCUACGCCAACAUCUUGUCUGAUUCCUACUGGUCAGGCCUGGGCCUCGGCUUCAAGGUGUCCAACAGUGAGCGGCGGAAUUGUGAGACUCGGAAUGGCAACGGCAAGAGCGAUUUUGAUUGGCACCAAGACGCCCUGUCCAAAAGCCUCCAGCAGAACUUGCCUUCCCGCUCCGUGUCCAAGCCCAGCCUGUUCAGCUCGGUGCAGCUGUACCGACAGAGCAGCAAGGUGUGCGGCACGGUGUUCACUGGAGCCAGCCGCUUCCGCUGUCGGCAGUGCAGCGCGGCCUACGACACCCUGGUCGAGCUGACUGUGCACAUGAACGAAACGGGCCACUACCAAGAUGACAACCGCAAAAAGGACAAGCUGAGACCCACAAGCUACUCAAAACCCCGGAAAAGGGCCUUCCAGGAUAUGGACAAAGAGGAUGCUCAAAAAGUGCUGAAAUGUAUGUUUUGUGGGGACUCCUUCGAUUCCUUACAAGACUUGAGCGUCCACAUGAUCAAAACAAAACAUUACCAAAAAGUGCCUUUGAAGGAGCCAGUACCAACCAUUUCCUCCAAAAUGGUCGCCCCGGCGAAGAAACGCGUCUUUGAUGUCAAUCGGCCUUGCUCUCCAGAUUCAACCACGGGAUCGUUCGCAGACUCCUUUUCUUCCCAGAAGAGUGUCAACCUGCCACUGUCCUCCAACAACCGGUACGGUUACCAGAACGGGGCCAGCUACACCUGGCAGUUCGAGGCCUGCAAGUCCCAGAUCUUAAAGUGCAUGGAGUGCGGGAGCUCCCAUGACACGCUGCAGCAGCUCACCACACACAUGAUGGUCACCGGCCACUUCCUCAAAGUCACAAGCUCGGCCUCCAAGAAAGGCAAGCAGCUGGUGCUAGACCCCCUGGCGGUGGAGAAGAUGCAGUCGUUGUCCGAGACUCCAAGCAGUGAGUCUCUGGCUCCCAAGCCAUCGAGUAACUCGGUGAUGGACUGCACAGCCUCUACGACUGAGUUCAAGAAGGAAAGCAAAAAGGAGAAACCGGAGGAGAGCCCCAAGGAGGAGAAAGUUGUGAAAAGCGAGGUCUACGAAGAUCCACUACAGAAACCCUUAGACCCCACCAUAAAAUACCAGUACCUAAGAGAAGAGGAUUUGGAGGAUGGCUCAAAGGGCGGAGGGGACAUUUUGAAGUCACUGGAAAACACAGUAACCACAGCCAUCAACAAAGCGCAAAACGGAGCUCCCAGCUGGAGCGCCUACCCAAGCAUCCACGCUGCCUACCAGCUGUCGGAGGGCACCAAGCCUCCUCUGUCCAUGGGACCCCAGCUACUGCAGAUUCGGCCUAACCUGGCCCACAAGUUAAGGCCAAUCGCACCCAAGUGGAAAGUCAUGCCACUGGUGUCCCUGCCCACCAACCUGGCCCCGUACACCCAAGUGAAGAAGGAGGUGGAGGAGAAGGAGGAAGUCAGGAAGGAGGGUGGGAAGGAGAGUCCCGGAGAGGAGGCCUCCUCUUUCAGCCACACCGAGGGUGACUCCUUCACCAAAAGCGAACCCCCUUCAGAAGCCAGGAAGGCAGAGCCGUGUCCCCCAAAGGAGGAGGACAAGCCGAUGAAGGAGAGCGGGGAGAAAGAGAAAGGCCAGCCCUUGGAGCCGGUGUCCUCCGUGUCUUCCCUCAGCAAUGGAUGUGUUCUCGCCACUCACACGCCGGCGGCCCUGCCCUGUAUCAACCCGCUCAGCGCCCUGCAGUCCGUCUUGAACAACCACCUGGGCAAAGCCACAGAGCCCUUGCGCUCUCCUUCCUGCUCCAGCCCAAGCUCAAGCACAAUGUCCAUGUUUCACAAGUCAAAUCUCGGCGUCAUGGACAAGCCGGUCUUGAGUCCUGCCCCGACCAGACCCGCCAGUGUGUCCCGGCGCUACGUGUUUGAGAAUAACGAUCAACCCAUCGACCUGACCAAGUCAAAAAGCAAGAAAGCCGAGUCCUCGCAAGCACAGUCCUGCACCUCCCCGCCUCAGAAGCACGCUCUGUGCGACAUCGCUGACAUGGUCAAGGUGCUUCCCAAAGCCACCACCCCCAAGCCCGCCGCCUCCUCCAGGGUCCCGCCCGUGAAGCUGGAGAUGGAUGUCAGGCGCUUUGAAGACGUCUCCAGCGACGUCUCCACGCUGCACAAGAGAAAAGGCCGGCAGUCUAACUGGAAUCCUCAGCACUUGCUGAUCUUGCAAGCUCAGUUCGCCUCCAGCCUCUUCCAGACAUCCGAAGGUAAAUACCUGCUCUCCGACCUGGGCCCUCAGGAGCGGAUGCAGAUCUCCAAGUUUACAGGGCUUUCCAUGACCACCAUCAGCCACUGGUUGGCCAACGUCAAGUACCAGCUUAGGAAAACAGGAGGGACGAAGUUUCUGAAAAACAUGGAUAAAGGACACCCCAUCUUUUACUGCAGUGACUGUGCCUCCCAGUUCAGAACCCCUUCCACGUACAUUAGCCACUUAGAGUCUCACCUGGGUUUCCAAAUGAAGGACAUGACCCGGAUGGCCGCGGACCAGCAAAGCAAGGUAGAGCAAGAGAUUUCCCGGGUGUCGUCGGCUCAGAGGUCUCCGGAAACAAUAGCUGGCGAAGAGGACACAGACUCUAAAUUCAAGUGUAAGUUGUGCUGUCGGACAUUUGUGAGCAAACACGCUGUCAAACUCCACCUAAGCAAAACGCACAGCAAGUCACCCGAGCACCAUUCACAGUUUGUAACAGACGUGGAUGAAGAAUAGCUCUGCAGUGAGAAGAUCCUCAGCUUGUGGUUUAUGGGGGCCCCCGCGGGAAGACAUCUUUAUUGUGUGCAUGUUUUCACCAUGAGAAUUUUCCCAGCAUGAUGUGUUCUGCUCACCUUUAUUGAAUGAAAAGCCAGCGUGCACCUGUGGAAUUCGCGCGUGAGCUUGGGGUUCUGCAACACCCUAUUUAUUUGCUAUAUCACAUUUUUUCAAUUUUAUGUAACUUGCUAUUAUGCUCUUCUGGUCUUU